CCAUCGUCCUGUUAGUAUUACCUGUCUGAAAAUGUCUGGCACUUGGAUCUUAGCGUGCUUUGUAUGCCUUUCUCUAGCUGUUUAUGGACAAGACAGCAACGACACCAGAGCAUUUCGUGUAGGUGAUAACGCUACCCUCCCCUGUACUGGAGUUCCGUAUGAUGAUGUGACUAAACACUGGGAGAAAAAUCCAGUAAUUCCGAUCAAGUACCUGGUGGCCAUUCAAACCCCACUCGGACAGUCGUCACCUGGAGCGCCGUUUUACGAUGAGACCAACAUCGCAGCAGCCAAUCUGACUGGCAGGUUCACGGUUACUCCUGACUUGACGACUGCAACCAUCACAGGAGUGAGGGAGACGGACGAUGGGGACUACAGAUGUUCGUCUGGACCUUCACAGAUCAUACAUAAGUUUGUUGCAUACAAGAUGAAUUCAGUCGGUAUACAGCCUUCUGGACCUGUCACAGGAUACGUUGGAGGUACAUUUGACGUCACCUGUACAGCAGACAGCAAACCUGCGGCCAGCUUCGACUGGACAAAACAAGGGGACAGCAGUUUCACAGCAACAGGAGCCACCCUGCGGAUUAGCAGCAUCACUAUGGACCAUACUGGCACAUAUGUGUGUACAGCCUACCAUGCGUAUGCCAGUGAUACUGCUAGUGUGCAGUUGACUGUCAGUGAAGGUAAGUGA